UCCAGGCUCACAUGCAGCCAUUCCCCUCUCUCUUUCUCUCUCUAAAAACCUCCUCCUUUCUCUCUCCACACUCCUUCUCAUUCAACAAUUCCAACUUUGUGUGUUGUGUUAGAAAAAGGUAAAAUGGAACCUCUACUCUUCUUCCUUCAACUUCAACCUUACUCUCAAAUUAACCCUUCCCAUUAUUUUCUCUCUCUCUCUUCCUUUUGCACUCUAGAACUGGAGGUGGUGGGGUUCUCUGACUCAGUCCUUUUUGGCAGCAAUCUUGGUCCUCUUUGAGGGAAGGUUUCACAGGAGCAAAAGAAAGGAGAAAAAGAAGAGUGUUCAUUCAUCAUACUCUAUUGAUUUGGAAUUAGGGUUUACUUGUUUGGUCUCUGGUAGUUUUACUUUUGGAUGAUUUGAAUUGAGUUUUGAUUGUGUGUACUGGUUUUGGAUUGGCCUUGCAUACUCCUGAGGUAUGGCAAGCAUUGAUGUGUCCAAGUAUGUCCAUAGUCCCGUGCACAGAGCUGUAGCCAUGAAAGACUAUGCUUGUCUGAGGAAGAUACUUUCGGGCCUCCCUCGGUUCUGUGACCCAGCUGAAAUUCGCUCUGAGUCGGCUUCACUGGCUGAGGAACAGAAGGCUGAUGCCAUCUCUGCUGUGGUUGAUAGGCGGGAUGUCCCUAACCGGGACACCCCCCUUCACUUGGCUGUCAAACUCGGUGACGAGACUUCAACCGAGAUGCUUAUGAUUGCUGGUGCAGAUUGGAGCUUGCAAAAUGAGCAGGGUUGGAGUGCACUCCAGGAAGCAAUAUGUAAUAGAGAGGAAGGGAUUGCCAGAGUUAUAGUUAGGCAUUACCAGCCAUUGGCUUGGGCGAAAUGGUGUAGAAGGUUGCCACGGUUGAUUGAAACAAUGAAGAGAAUGAGAGAUUUCUACAUGGAAAUUACAUUCAAUUUUGAGAGCUCUGUUAUUCCUUUCAUAUCGAGGAUUGCACCUUCUGAUACUUAUAAAAUUUGGAAAAGAGGUGCCAAUUUGAGGGCGGAUAUGACUUUGGCUGGUUUUGAUGGGUUCAGAAUACAGCGCUCUGAUCAGACCGUUCUUUUUCUUGGUGAUGGGUCCGAGGAUGGGAAGGUUCAUGCUGGUUCACUUUGCAUGAUCUCGCACAAAGAUAAGGAAGUGAUGAACACUCUGGAUGGUGCUGGUGCUCCAGCGAGCGAGGCAGAGGUGCAGCAAGAAGUUGCAGCGAUGUCUCAGACUAAUAUAAUUAGGCCUGGGAUUGAUGUAACUGAAGCGGUUCUUUUGCCACAGCUGACAUGGAGACGACAGGAGAAAACAGAAAUGGUGGGUCCUUGGAAGGCUAAAGUAUACGAUAUGCACAAUGUGGUUGUGAGCAUCAAAUCCAGAAGGGUCCCAGGGGCUAUGACAGAUGAUGAGUUAUUCUCAUCUUCCAAUGAAAAUGACACAGAAAGUGAUGGCCUUGAUAAUCUUCUUUCAGAGGAGGAAAGAAAGCAACUUGAAGUUGCACUCAAGUUCAAUUCUUCAAAUUUAAGCAAUGAGAAUGGUGAUGUGAUUAUUGAACACCGCCAUAGUUGUUACGACCAAAGGGAGACACCUACUGAGGACAUGGGUAGUUCUAGAAAUGGAGAGAGUUGUUAUGUGCAAAGAGAGAUUCCCAUUGAGGACAUGGGUAGUUGUAGAAAUGGAGAGACUAAGCAGGAAAAGAAAGGAUGGUUUGGUGGCUGGAGAAAACGUGAUACUAAGCAUGAAGGGCAGAAGUUGAAUACAGCACCAAGAAGUUCACUUUGUGUAGAAGAGAAGGUUAGUGAUCUCCUUGGGGAUUCUCCAUCACAAAGUCAGAUCAAACCGGGGAGGCAUUCCAUGGAGAUUGCUGUGAGGGGGGAUGAACAACCUGGAGGAAGGGAUGCCAAAGCGUCCUCAUCCAUGAGUACUGAGAGUGGAACUCGACGCAAGGAAGGAAACCGUGAAAAUGAGUAUAAGAAAGGCUUAAGGCCUGUCCUCUGGCUUUCCCCAGAUUUCCCUUUGCGAACUGAAGAACUCCUUCCAUUGCUUGAUAUUCUAGCAAGCAAAGUUAAAGCCAUUCGUCGCUUACGGGAACUACUUACAACAAAACUUCCUAUGGGUACCUUUCCAGUCAAGGUUGCUAUCCCGGUGGUUCCCACGAUCAGAGUAUUGGUCACAUUUACAAAGUUUGAAGAAUUGCAGCCACUGGAUGAGUUUGCAACCCCUCCUUCAAGUCCAAGUUCUGUAGGCCGAGAGAGCCCAGCGAUGUUGCAGUCGUUGAGUUCGUCAUGGUUUCAGUGGAUAAAAACUCCAUACCAAAGGCCAAGUUCUUCCUCCAUUUCUUCAAGCAGUAAGAUAGAAAAUAUUCCAGACCCAUUUGCAAUUCCUCCUGGGUACACAUGGGUUACAGCUGAAGAAAAGAAGAAGAAAAUGCAGGAGAAGAACAAAUCAAAGAAAGGACGAAGUCAGAAUCAGUAGUAUAGGAUCGGAUUGAGAUGUAUCUUUAGGAAGAAAAUUUAUCUCGCUAGAGGUACUGGAUAGGUACCAAGAGAGGCUAUACCGGUUUCAUUAAUCUACUAAUCUGCAAUAGUGUAAGAACAAAAAAUAGGGGGGGCCAUAUACUUCUAUUCAGAAGUGGUGAUCCUUUUGUAGGGUGAAAAUCUGGUAAAUCAUUGUGGGGGGUAUAAAAAGUUGAAAUUGCUAUUCUUGCAAAUGCUUGUAACCAAUAUAUGGAACAAUUGUUGGACUUCUUGUGGAUGCUUAUAUCAUUUACAUCAUUUGAUUUGCUUCUUUCCA